GCCGUCAACAACUUCAAGUUUUCCACCAUCAACGAUAUUUGCAAAGGCAAUCCCUCUGUUUGAGGCCUGAUGUAUUGCGCAUCAAAUGCCAAAUACCGAGUGUCUCAAUACAUUCUCCGCGACUCUUCUGCAGCGGCUCGCGCACCCAACAUUUCAAGGUCAAGGUAAGCUUCCCACUCAAUAUUUCCUCUACACCAAUCCCCAAGUUAUCAUGAUGAACUUUCGUGUCGCCCCUAUCUUAAAGAGCUUUCGCUCAGUGGUGAUUAACCUGUCUUAACCAAACGGACUAUCUGAACAUACACUUUCUACUUCCCCUAUAAUUUUCACCUCGAUUAUCUUGGACAGAAGCUAAUUUGUGGAAUGAAGAUAGUAAGUGUACCCAAUAUCUACGAGCGAUGGGAUGGUUCCCUGGCGGUGCAGUCCCCUCUCUAUCGGAAGAGAAUAUUACAUGAUGAGCAACACAAGUACUAUCAAAUACGGAGUCGUCAUCGUACGUCGUUGAGGAAUAAACUGGUUCGAUUACCUGAAUAUAUGUCAAAAUUCCGAUUUGAGGGGACAAGCGCGCAUACUUUCAGGGGAUGCAUGCUGAUCGUUCCAACUUUCAGAUUAUCCCGAUACGGACAAUACUUUCUGAUGGGUCUGCAAGGUACGUUUUGCGAUAUUUUUAUUUUUUGCGAUGUGUGAGAGGAGGGCGGCCUAUGAUGUUAACUUUCCAUGCUAAUGCUGAAGACACUAUGUGUUGAAUGCUGACAAAAUCUCGAGACUUUUCAUCUUUCAACUGAGGCCUUUCAUUAUCUGUUCUUGUAUAUGGGAUUUUCUCUCUGGGAAACAUCUGCUAACAAGCUUCAAGUGCAGGUUCCUUCCAACAUCGUUAUGAUUAUCUCCCCUCGAAUCAAUUGGAAUGGUGGCUACACGCGUGCUUGCACUUAAGCUUUUUCUGUCGGUGGUUCUUGGAUAUGUCUAUGUUGGUCAUGACGGCAGCACUACUCUAUCGUCAUAAGAUAGCCUUAUAUCUGGUUGCCCAUACCGUCACUCCAAGUGGAGUGUGACGUCUGGCUGUCCCCGUCUUGUCAUCAGUGAUACUGUAGAACAAAUACACAUAGUCAUAUACGUCUUCCACAUGCUUGACUCCCAAAUUUGUGAUUGCGAUUAAAUUGUCCUUGCGCCCACAAUGUUUUUG